UGGUCUGUAGUAUACUUGUGAUACUUAUACUCAAGUAUACUUCAAUAAAAUAAACUUCAAGGAUAGUACAGUUUUGCUGAGGGUCAUCACAUUUAAGUCUAAAUACUGUGAGAAUGGUAAAGGGGGGAAGAACUGGACACUCAGUGUGAUGCCGCUGGAGCUUUCUCCUAAUAACACACUGAGUUCCAUAAUAAGUUGAGGUGAUUCAAAGCCUCUCGUUAUUCUUUGACUCGUUAAGCCGGCCUCUCAGAUUUCAAGUGUCUCCUUUUACACUAGUGAGCCGCCGCAUUUAUCAUGGGACUGGCCUGAAGUUUCACUGCGGCCGCCAGAGGAGGGAUGCAGAAACUAAAGUUAGUUGUGGGUUGGACCCAAAUGCAUUUUACCCAAAUACACAUUUUGUGAAAAAAAGAAGAAGAAACACUUUGGAUGUGACUCGUCUGUUUUUCUUUCGUCGUUUUUGACGCACUUCUUUGCGUUUCUUUCCACUUAAAAACUCCAAGUUAUCCCUCGACAUCCUGGGCGUAUCUUCCUGCUUUUUUUUUUUUUUUUUUUUUUACAGAAGAGUAAGGUGAGGGACGUGGGUCACAGCUUCAUAAAUACUUGCGUGAGCCGCGCACUCUGGAUGGACCCAGGAAAUAUCCUGCCUCCGAGGGAACAUUACGCACAGAAGAGGAGCGUCGAUUUUUAAACACAUCUGUCAGACUGCUGAAAACAAAGCAUCUUCAUGUUGUGAAGACCAAUGGAAACUCUAUGAUUUGCUAUUGGAGGACUUGUAAAUCUGUUUUUUUCACAUAGUGCAAUGUAGUUUACCUCCACAUCUCCCAGAUAGCUCCAGGUCAAGAUGACAGCGCUAACAUCUCUGAACCUCAUCGGACUGGCGUGGAGUUGUUUGAGUUUCCUCUCCUGCGCGCACUGCGGUUUAAGUGACAACCAUGUGCACUCCAGCUUUAUUUACAGGAGGUUGCGCAAUCACGAGCGCCGGGAGAUCCAGAGAGAGAUCCUCUCAAUCCUGGGAUUGCCGCACCGUCCGAGGCCCUUCUCUCCCGGGAAGCAGGCAUCCUCUGCGCCGCUCUUCAUGCUCGACCUGUACAACGCCAUGGCCGUCGAGGAGGAGGAAGGGGGAUUGCCCCAGGGCGUAGGAAAGAGUUUCAGUGCCAAGGCUCAGGGGCACUCCAAGAAAAGUUACUACAAUGCCCAGCAUGCCGCCUACUCCCGUGUGACACAUCCCCACCGCGCGGCUCCCCUCCUGGGACACAGUCCAUCCUUGCGCACGGCGCAUGACACCAACUUUCUGAAUGACGCCGACAUGGUCAUGAGUUUUGUCAAUUUGGUGGAGAAAGAUAAAGAUUUUUCUCAACAAAGAAGACACUUUAAGGAGUUCCGCUUUGACCUGACUCAGAUCCCUGAUGGAGAAGCGGUAACUGCAGCAGAAUUUCGGAUAUAUAAGGACCGCAGUCACGCACGCUAUGAGAACAUUACCCUGAAGGUCACAAUAUAUCAAGUCAUCAAGGAGUAUCAAAACAAAGAUGCAGACACAUUCUUGCUUGACUCAAAAAACAUCCAGGCGUCUGACGGAGGCUGGCUGGUGUUUGACAUCACAGCAACUAGCAACCACUGGGUGAUGAACCCUCAGCAGAAUCUGGGCCUGCAGCUCUGCGUGGAGACUCUAGAUGGACGAAGUAUCAACAUAAAAACUGCUGGAAUCAUCGGCAGAAACGGCCCUCAGUCCAAACAACCGUUCCUGGUCGCCUUUUUCAAGGCCAGCGGAGUGUUGCUGCGCUCUGUCAGAGCCGCGGGUGGGAAAAAAAAGAACCAGAAUCGCAAUAAAUCUAACAAUCGGCAAGAAUCGGCAAAGCCGACAAAAACUGGAGAUUAUAACACCAGCGAACAGAAGCAAGCCUGUAAGAAGCACGAGCUUUAUGUUAGCUUUCGAGACCUGGGCUGGCAGGAUUGGAUUAUUGCUCCAGAGGGCUAUGCUGCUUUUUACUGUGAUGGCGAAUGCUCCUUUCCUCUCAACGCGCACAUGAACGCAACAAAUCAUGCAAUCGUGCAAACGCUGGUCCAUUUAAUGUUUCCUGAAAAUGUGCCAAAGCCAUGCUGCGCCCCAACAAAACUCAAUGCUAUUUCUGUCCUUUACUUUGAUGAUAGCUCUAAUGUUAUCUUGAAAAAGUACAGAAACAUGGUAGUCAGAUCGUGUGGAUGCAAUUAGCUGUAAAAGAUUAAUUAAAGCAGACUGAUAUUGGAUCAGAUGGAAAACACAUCUGUAGGAUGUGAUGUACAGUAUUAUGUAUAUAAAGUUUUGUUACGUAAUUUAUUUUCCUUUUUUUUAAAUAGCACUGAAAAAUGUAAUAUUUAAGAAUUAGGACUCUGACCAACAUCUGUGUCCGUUGGCAUAUACCUUUAUCUGCAUGGCAAUUUAGUAAACAGUUCACUGGAGUCAUACUGAGUGCUUCACUUGUUGGGGAUUUGCAAAUUUAAUUUUUGAAAGUAGUGUAAGGUUUUUAUUUAAAGAGGUUGUUGGGAAUGUUUUAGAUUCACAGAAAAGAUCAAUUCAAGUUGCGUUUCGUAAACCAAACAAGCUCUUUUCAAGCUGCUGUCUAUUAUUGAUUAUGUUUUUUGGUUUUAUUCAUAAGAAAAAUUAGUUUUUCUUUGGUAAGUUUGCCAGUUCUACUUCAUAUAUAUUGUUAAAUAUCGAAAUUCUGUAUUCACAUUGUGUACAAAUGCUGUUUCUUCUGAGUGUACCUUGUCAAAAUGGCCUUUUUGUUCUAUUAAUUUUUUGUUUUGUUUUGUAGUGUUUUGUUUACUUUAAUAAAUGUACUAUUUUAAAGCUCUUA